AUGACUUCAAUUUUCAAGGCUUAUUUUACAAAAACUGUGUAUCCAACUUCAAUGACAGUAAACUCUUUACCUGAAGAAGAACAUAACCACCCUGACGUGUUGCUUCGUCAUCUAGUUGCAGAGUUUAAUAAACCUUUCACAGGCUGGGAUUUUUCUUAUCUUAAAGGACGCAUGGAGGAAAAGUUAAAUUUAUUACCUUGGAAUUAUGAAGCAACCGUGAAAGCCUUGUUACCAAAUAGUAAGGGUCUUUUAGAUAUGGGUACUGGUGGUGGUGAGUUCCUCGCUUCUUUAAGUCCAUUGCCACCAGAUACCUGUGCGACAGAAGGUUGGGCUCCCAACAUUGAUAUUGCAAGGCAACGAUUAAGACAUUUGGGAGUGACCGUCACAGCUAUUACUGAUAAUGAUGUACGACUUCCCCUUGAUGAUGCUCGAUUUGAUCUUAUAAUUAAUCGUCAUGAACCUUAUAUUGCUUAUGAAGUUCAUCGUCUCCUCAAGUUAGGAGGAUUAUUUGUUACACAGCAAGUUGGCGAAAAAGAUAAUAUUGAAUUAAAUAAACUUUUAGGAGCUCCCGAUCUUGGUUAUAGAGAAUGGCAUAUGGAACAUGCUUGUAGUGAAUUAAGAAAUGUAGGUUUCACUAUUCUAGAAAAACAAGAAGCAUUUAUAGAGACGAAAUUUUAUGAUGUAGGAGCUAUAGUUUAUUAUUUGAAAGCAAUUCCAUGGCAAGUGGAAGAUUUCACAGUAGAAAAAUAUUCAGAACAACUUGUUAAUCUUCAUCAUAAGAUUCAAAAAGAGGGUUUUCUUUCAGUUCAGAGUCAUCGAUUUUUUAUAGUGGCAAGAAAAGAUCAUUAA